AGAACUAAAAACACGUUAAUUUGAAGAGUUGUUUUGAAUUAUUUGAUUUAUUAGAUCUUGAAUUGAAUUUUGAUGAACUUUUUUUGUUUUCAUCAAUUCAUGGAAAAAUGAAUUCGUGAAAAAAUGAAUCGGGGAAAAACCUAUGACUGUACCAACUUCCAGAAAAGACCUCAUGAUAGUCAAUAUGGGCCCUCACCAUCCAUCAAUGCAUGGCGUUCUCCGACUCAUCGUUACUUUAGACGGUGAAGAUGUUAUUGACUGUGAACCAAUAGUGGGUUAUUUACACAGAGGUAUGGAAAAAAUUGCGGAAAACCGAACAAUUAUACAAUAUUUGCCUUAUGUAACACGUUGGGAUUAUUUAGCUACUAUGUUCACAGAAGCAAUAACUGUAAAUGGACCCGAACAAUUGGGAAAUAUUCAAGUCCCUAAAAGGGCUAGCUAUAUCAGAGUAAUCAUGUUGGAAUUAAGUCGUAUAGCUUCUCAUUUGUUAUGGCUAGGCCCCUUUAUGGCAGAUAUUGGUGCGCAGACCCCCUUCUUCUAUAUUUUCAGAGAAAGAGAGUUGAUAUAUGAUUUAUUCGAAGCUGCCACCGGUAUG